CUCAAAGGACCGCUCGUACGUGUGAACAGAUUCGAAGUCCCCGUCAAUAUUCCCCCAAAUGGAUCGACUUCUCCACGUAUACGCGUAUUGUAUUGCAUAUAUUUAUACAGAAUUCUCACAUUUGCAUCCAAUAUCCAAGACUUGUUAUUCACUCGCCGAUUAAAAAAAAAAAGUUUCAAGAUUUCUGUUACAGAACCAUUCAUGGACGGAGGAAGAGCAACGUGGGCUGACCAGUGGGACAACAGCGGCUCCGGCCACGGCGGCGGCGCCGUCACCAAGAGCGGCGGAGCACCGUCUUCGAACACGGCCAAGUACAAGGAGAAGUUGGGACAAGGUUUUGAGAAGACAAAGGCCGUAGCUUCUUCUGGGUUCAGAAAAAUCAAGCAUGGCUCAAGCCUGGGCCUUCGUUGGGUUAAGGAUAAGUACCGCAAGACCACACAAAAACAUUAAAAAUUUCAUAUACAUAUGUAUAUAUAUGUGCGUGUGUGUGUGAGCUCUUAUGUUAUAAUUUUGUUUGUUGAUUUAUUUGAGGGUGUUUAGAACGAUCGAUUUUAUGUAGAUUGUAUGAGUUUUUAUGAUAAAGAUUUCGUUUCAAAUUUAUUAAUAGAUGAAAAACAUGAUAUCAAGCUUA